GGGAAGACGGUUUGGGUAUCUCGGGGUCGUUCUGAGCAGCAGAGAAUCCGAGAGAAUUCGUUUUUCCAGCCCGAGAGGCAGGAGCAGGAGCUGCUUUAGGGCAGGAGUUUGUUUUCCCAGCCCUCGCUGUCAUUGCAGGGCAGACAGGGAAGCUCAUGUACGUCAUGCACAACUCCGAGUACCCGCUGAGCUGCUUCGCCCUCUUCGAGAACGGGCCCUGCCUGGUGGCCGAUGCCAACUUUGACACCCUCAUGGUGAAGCUCAAGGGCUUCUUCCAGAACGCCAAGGCCAACAAGAUCGAGAGCCGCGGCACCCGCUACCAGUACUGCGACUUCCUGGUGAAGCUGGGCACGGUCACCAUGGGCCCCAGCGCCAGGGGCAUCUCCGUGGAGGUGGAAUUCUGCCCCUGUGAGCAGUUCCAAGCCUGUGGGGAUGAGUUCCCAGGUGGAAUAUCAUUCUUCCUGCAAGUUCCAAGCUUGUAGGGAUGAGUUCCCAGGUGGAAU